AUGGCUGGUGUCGGAAAUGCCCCUCACCCCGACGAACUGCAGCCCGAGCAGACGGAGGGUUUCAAGGUCAGCGAAAAAAAGACCAUAGACGAAUACCACCAGCUCGACGCACACGACGAAUCGCUCAAAAAAUGGAAAGCCUCGCUCGGCCUGGGCGGCACCGGCGCCUCCACGUCCGACCCCAACGACCCGCGCAAGGUAAUCAUCCACUCCCUCGGACUGGAAGUCGCCAAUCGCCCGGACAUCAUUAUCGACCUAAGCAAACCCGGCGCGCUCGAAACGCUGGACAAGCAGCCUUUUACUAUCAAGGAGGGCGCGGCGUUUCGGAUGAAGGCGAGGUUCAAGGUGCAGCAUCAGAUUUUGAGUGGGUUGAAGUAUGUGCAGGUUGUGAGUCGGUUGGGGGUGAAGAGUAAGAUGCAGGAGAUGAUUGGCUCGUACUCGCCCAACUCGACUGACAAGCCGGAGUACGAGAAGAAGUUCGAAACCGAAACCGCCCCCUCGGGAAUGCUGGGCCGCGGACACUACGAGGCGGUCUCGAAGUUCAUCGACGACGACAACCAGACGCAUUUGCAGUUCAAGUGGUCUUUUGACAUCAAGAAGGACUGGCAGUAG